AUGGUACUUGUUCUUGCAGACGUCACUGCAAUAAUGCUACUAAGGGUCAGUGGACAGAUUUCACUUUUUGUCGUGCUUGUCAUGAUUCAAAUGUUCCACGGUAUUACCAGCAAGCAGUGUAGAGCAAGCAUUCACUCCAUUUUCCAAAUGAUGCUCAGGGGCCACACCUUUAUGACGAUCGAGGGCCGACAGGACGCCGUCGCGCUGAAAUGCCGGGAAGCUUGUCAUGCUGAUUUCAGAUGUCAAAGCUAUAACAUCGUCAUACUCAAUUCAAAGUGCGAGUUAAAUAACCGGACCAAGGAGGCCAGACCUGAGGACUUCGUCAAGGACAAAGACAGAUAUUACAUGGCGAGUGACUCAAAACGAGUCCCUCUCGGCUCCAUUUCUGAGUUGCCUGCCUAUUCGUGCAGAGAGAUUAAGGCGAGUGAGGGAGGACAAGUGGUCAGCGGUAAUUACUGGUUGGAUUCCAUCAGGUCUGGAAACCCUAUUCUAGCUUACUGUGACAUGAAAACAGAAGGUGGCGGCGGCGGCGGCUUUAACGCUAAUGGGAAAGGAGGCAGUAAAGGUGGCAAAGGAUUUCUGAACGGUGGGAAAGGUGGAACGCAUAACGGUGGGUUUGGAGGUGGCGGCGGAAAUCCACCUUACUCUGGGGGACCUGGCGGCGGUGGAGGUUACUCUGGGGGAGCUGGAGGUGACAACGACAAUCUCUCUUGUGGCGGAGGAGGCGGAUCUUUUAAUAGUGGAACAAAUCAGGAAAAUGAAUGUUGUUAUAAUACGGCUGGAAAUGAUCACGAUGAAUGCAUCAAUGAAAAUAAUGCUUGUGACGUCAAUGCAUACUGUACCAACACCGUGGGCUCCUAUUAUUGUACUUGCAAGGAAGGUUACACUAGCAAUGGACGAUGGUGUUCAGUUCGACACUGUGAUGUAGAUACCGACGAAUGUAAUAACAUAACACACGACUGUGAUGUGAAUGCUGAGUGUAACAAUACCCUUGGAUCUUACAAAUGCACGUGUAAAAAAGGAUUUCAUGGUAAUGGAACUAACUGCGCAGACACAGAUGAAUGUGUUGACAGAACACACGACUGUGAUGUGAAUGCUGAUUGUGACAAUACCCUGGGAUCAUACAAGUGCACGUAUGUAGAUGAAUGUGCUGAUGGAAAACGCAUCUGUGAUGUUAAUGCUCAGUGUAAUAAUACCUUUGGAUCUUACAACUGCAUGUGUCAAGAUGGAUUUCAUGGAAAUGGAACUAACUGCGCAGAGAUAGAUGAAUGUGCUGAUGGAAAACACGACUAUGAUAUUAAUGCUGAGUGUAACAAUACCAACGGAUCUUACAACUGCUCGUGUAAAGAUGGAUUUCAUGGAAAUGGAACUAACUGCACAGAUGUAAACGAAUGUGCUGACAGAACACACGACUGUGAUGUGAAUGCUGAUUGUAACAAUACCCUGGGGUCUCACAAGUGCACGUGUAAAUAUGGAUUUUAUGGAAAUGGAACUAACUGCACGGACAUAGACGAGUGCGCCAACAGAAUACACCCAUGUGAUGUGUAUGCUGAGUGUAACAAUACCUCGGGAUCUUACAACUGCACGUGUAAAGAUGGAUUUCAUGGAAAUGGAACUAAUUGCUCAGACUCCAACGAAUGUACUGAAGGAACUCACGGCUGUGAUGUGACUGCUGAGUGUAACAACACCCUGGGAUCUUACAAGUGCAAGUGUAAAGAUGGAUUCAAAGGAAAUGGGACUAAAUGCACAGGAUUUUCAGCUGUGUUUACAACCCUUGAUGCGAGUGAAGGCGGCAAGGGUCCAGCCUCAAUCGGUAGUCACUACACAGGUCAGGACCAUGACGGACAAGUUACAUUAUCCAGCGGUAUUCAACUGUGGACUGUGCCACAGACUGGUCAAUACAGAAUUGAAGCAAUAGGAGCCUCAGGGGGGUGCGGGAAGGACAGUGUCAUCAAGAAUGGAGGAAGAGGGGCAAGGAUGAUUGGAAACUUUAAUUUAAAAAAAAGCGAGAUCAUUCGUUUACUUGUUGGCCAAAAAGGAGGUGCAUCGAAGUCGUCCAGCAAUUCAAAUGCCGGAGGGGGUGGAGGUGGCGGCGGCGGCGGCUUUAACGCUAAUGGGAAAGGAGGCAGUAAAGGUGGCAAAGGAUUUCUGAACGGUGGGAAAGGUGGAACGCAUAACGGUGGGUUUGGAGGUGGCGGCGGAAAUCUGAUUUACUCUGGGGGACCUGGCGGCGGUGGAGGUUACUCUGGGGGAGCUGGAGGUGACAACGACAAUCUCUCUUGUGGCGGAGGAGGCGGAUCUUUUAAUAGUGGAACAAAUCAGGAAAAUGAAUGUUGUUGUAAUACGGCUGGAAAUGGUAGAGUGACUAUCACGCUUAUCAAGUGA